GUUUAAGCUUGGUUUGAUGGUUGAAUUUCAUUCCUUUUAGAAAAUGCCAGAUUGGAGAAGAAGUACAGGCACUGCUGAGGCCCUCUGGGAACAUUGCACAGGUUGAAACAAUGAAAGAAAAACUUAGAAGAGCAUUGCAAUAUUCUAGGGUGGGAUUACCAGUUCCGGAUGAUGUCCCACUUCUCAAGAAAAGAACUAGAGUAGAUGCAUCUUGUCAAGAAGAAGAUUUCACAAUGAAAGCUGAAACUAGCGAAUUCUGUUUGAAGAGAGCAGUUGAACCUCCACGGUAUAUAGAAACCAAGAAUAAACCUGUGGUUUCAAUAUCUGUUUUCUCAUCCAAUGGCUCAGAAAAAAAUAUGCUGGUUAGUUUUGGAGAUCCUCCAGCUAUUCCUAGGGAGCAUGAUGGUCUAUGCAAAGACCGCAUUUCACAAGUGGGUUUGGAAAAAAACAUGCAGGUUGAUCUUAGAAAUCCUCCAGAUAAUCCUUGUAGGCUUGCAAGCAAAGACCCCAAUACACAGAGGGAAGUUGUAACAAAUAUGCAGGUUGAUAUUAAAGAUCAUCCAGUGGUUCCUUGUGGGCUUGAUGAUGAAGGCAAAGACCCCACUUCGCAGAAUCAGAGUCAGGGGGCUGAUGAAUCUGCACGACAUUCCUCAAAUAGUGGUGCUCCAUUGGCUUGUAAUGAAGAUGACUCUUUCAGUGGUACGAGUGUGGUGCAUGUAUUAAGGCCUGCAGAGGUUGAAACUAAGAGGAUAGAUCUCCCUGUAGUUAUGAUGGAGCAGGAGAUAAUGGAAGCAAUAAAUGAACAUUCUACUGUUAUUGUAUGUGGAGAAACAGGAUGUGGAAAAACCACCCAAGUUCCUCAGUUCCUUUAUGAAGCUGGUUUUGGUUCGAGUAAUUGCAUUACAAAGAAAGGAAUGAUUGGUGUUACUCAGCCUCGUCGUGUGGCUGUUCUUGCAACAGCUAAACGAGUGUCAUAUGAAUUAGGUGUACGUUUGGGUAGAGAGGUUGGUUUUCAAGUUAGGCAUGACAGGAGGAUGGGUGACUGUAGCUCCAUCAAGUUUAUGACUGAUGGGAUUCUGCUAAAAGAAGUGCAGAGUGAUUUUCUAUUGAAGCGUUACUCGGUAAUCAUACUUGAUGAGGCUCAUGAAAGGAGCUUAAAUACGGAUAUACUAAUUGGAAUGCUCUCCAGGAUCAUAGGAUUGCGCCAGAAAUUAUAUGAAGAGCAACAGGUAAAGUUGCGAUCAGGUUCAAAGUUGAAACCUGAAAAUAUGUUCGGUCCUUUAAAGCUUGUGCUAAUGAGUGCCACAUUGAGAAUAGAGGACUUUGUUUCGAAUAGCAGGUUGUUUCAUGCACCUCCACCCCUUAUCGAAAUCCCCACAAGACAAUUCCCUGUUUCCAUCCAUUUCUCUAGGAAAACAGAAAUGGUGGAUUACCUUGGCCAAGCUUACAAAAAGGUUAUGUCAAUCCACAAGAAGCUGCCUCCUGGUGGUAUCCUGGUGUUUCUUACUGGCCUGCGAGAAGUUGAACAUUUAUGCAGGAAGUUACGUAAAGCUUCAGGGCUACUGAGAAAACGAAUUUCCAAUGGAAAAGCAGUGGAUAAAAAUUUGGGUUUCUCAGAACAAGACCCUGAUAUGAAAAGCAUCUGUGAAGCUUCUGAAAAUACAUGUAAGCAAGGAAUUGAAGAGUCCCAUUUUUUUAAUUCUCAUGAGGAAGAUGUUGAUAUUCCUUUGUCUGAUUCAGAGUCUUCUGAGGUGGAGAGUGAAGAGUUUGAGAGUGACGAUGAGAUUAUAACUAUGGAGAGUGGUAAGGUUCUAGAUAUUUUAAAAGAGCCAGGAAGCUUGUCUUCACUAAAAGCUGCCUUUGAGAAUUUGGCAGGAAAUUCCUCGAGUGCAGUUCCGAAGGAAGACACACAUUCUCCUAAUGAAGAAAACAUACAUCAUGUUUCUAAUGGAAACAAUGAAAGCCCUACCAUCAAAAAGGAAGGAAGCACUGAAAACCCCAAUAAAGUUGCAAGCCCAUUGUAUGUCCUUCCCCUCUAUGCCAUGCUACCUGCACCUGAGCAGUUGCGAGUUUUUGGGUCAGUGCCUGAAGGUGAGAGACUGGUAGUUGUUGCUACCAAUGUGGCUGAAACCUCAUUAACAAUUCCAGGUAUCAAAUAUGUUGUGGAUAGUGGGAGAGAGAAAGUGAAGAACUAUGAGGGUAGCAGUGGAGUGGCAAAAUUUGAAAUUCAGUGGAUAAGUAAGGCGUCGGCUUCUCAGCGAGCUGGAAGGGCUGGGCGUACAGGGCCUGGGCAUUGCUAUCGUUUGUACUCAUCUGCAGUUUUUAACAAUAUUUUUCCGGACUUCUCGACUCCUGAGAUAAGCAAGACUCCUGUGGAUGGUGUCUUCCUUGUCAUGAAGUCCAUGGGCAUUGAUAAGGUUGCAAAUUUCCCUUUUCCCACACCACCAGAGAGUGCGGCUCUAGCAGAAGCUGAACAAUGCUUGAAAGUCCUUGAUGCACUGGAUAGCAAGGGAAGACUUACACCUCUUGGGAAGGCCAUGGCUCGCUAUCCAAUAAGCCCUCGCCAUUCCCGUAUGAUUUUAACAGCUAUUCAAAUUAUGAACAAAAAACCAGGCUAUGCUAGAGCAAACCUAGUUCUAGCAUUCACUGUUGCAGCUGCAGCAGCUCUGAGCUCAAUCAACCCUUUUCUGGUGGACCACCAUGAUACGGAUAGGGAUAGAGAGAAAAAAACAUUGGGUGAUGACAUGGGUAAUAGAGCUAAAGAGGGGGGUGAUGACGUAGGUAAUGCUCAGGCGAAAUUGGGGAAGAAGAAGCAGAGGGCACUGCUCAAGGCAUCUAGAAAGAAGUUCUCUAACCCUAGCAGUGAUGCUCUCACUCUAGCUAAUGCAUUAUGUUUGUUUGAGGCUUCAGAAAAGACCUCGGAGUUCUGCUUGACUAAUAGGUUGCACCUGAAAACCAUGGAUGACAUGUCCAAGCUUAGGAAGCAGCUACUCCAACUGAUCUUUAGUCAAGUCAUUGGUGGUGAUGAGGAACAAAGUGGGUUUUCUUGGAGUAGUGGAAACUUCGAGGAUGUGGAGAUUGCAUGGAGGAAUUCCAUGAAUACGCAAUUGUUAUUGAAUGAAGAAGGGAUCUUGGGGCAAGCUAUUUGUGCAGGCUGGGCAGAUAGAGUAGCCCGACGCAUUAGACAAUUUGAAGAAAUCCCCGAAGGAGCCAAAAGAUCUAAAUCUGUAAGGUACCAAUCUUGUGUAGUGAAAGAAACUGUUUUUCUUCAUCGCUCUUCUUCUGCUGCCCCUUCAGCACCAGAAUUUGUGGUCUAUAACGAACUGCUUCAAACCUCGAGACCUUUUAUGCAUGGUAUAACCAGCGUGAGACCUGCUUGGCUCAUUGCUUAUGCGAGCUCUCUGUGUACUUUCUCUGCACCACUUUCGGACCCAAAACCCUUUUAUGAGCCUUUCAGUGAUCAAAUUCUUUGUUGGGUUAACUCAAGUUUUGGACCAUAUUUGUGGGAACUUCCUUUACAUAAUUUGCCUGUGAAAAGUAAGAGGCUCCGGGUCUCCGUGUUUGCUUGUUCUUUACUUGGGGGAAAGGUACUCCCAUGCCUGAAAGAUGUGCAGAAAUUUCUUGCUGCUAAUCCAGAGAGCUUGCUAAAGCCUGAGGCUCAAGGGCAGAGAAGGGUUGGGGAGCUGCUAAAUAGAUUGGUAAGUGGGUCUAGAGUUGUUGAUAGCCGUGCUGCUCUCAAGGAAACUUGGAGAGAGAAUCCAUUGGCACUUCAUGAGGAGAUUGUGUGCUGGUUUCAGGAAGGUUUCAGAUUUCAAUUCGGCGAGCUUUGGGAGCAGAUGCAGCGUGAAGUUGAGCUUGAAGCUGAAGUGCUUUUUCCGAAGAGGAAGAAGAGAAACCUAAAUGAAUAACUAGUUUUGACGAGAGAAAAUAGAUGAAAUGUGAAUUUCGUCUUUGAGGCUGGAAAGAAUUCCAAAGAGGAAGAAAAUAAAUAUGAACAAUGGAUAUUUUAGACUAGACAGAUAGAUUGGAUGCAAUGUGAAGUUUGUUUUCAUGAGGGAAGAGAAGAGAAACAGGUAUGAUAGAUAAGCAGUUUCGAAAGAGAAAAUGAAUCAGUGAAUGAAUGGUUGAGAUGUGCUAAUGCAUAGAAACUGCUCCCAGUCAGCUUAGAAAAUUAAAACACAUGACACUGUUGUGCAUCUUUGUAGAAGGCGGCAAAUAGGUGUAAAUAUGAGGUGGGAUUUUCAUUUGGUUAUUUAUGCGGUGUGGCUCAUUUCAUUUGGGGGCAUUUGAUAACUGUGUAAAGCGAUGAAAGUGCAUGACUUUCCCUGAUAAGUGUAGUUUUUACUUAUUUGGGAACAGUAAAAAAUGGAGAAAAGUAGGAACACGUGCCUCACUUUUCCUGUUAUUGUAGGUUUCCCCUGUUUUGGCUUCUUCCAUUCCAUGUGUUUCUACAAAGUUGGAAAUGGAAAUCAUAUCAUUUAUAUUGUUUUGGA